AUGAAUGUAAACAAAAUGUUCGUUCUACCUUGGCUUAUAAUUACAUUGCUUUUCAAUUCAAACAGUUUGCCAUUUAAUAAGUCCAAUUUAACACACCUGGAUAGUCUGUAUUUUAAACAUAACAAAAGGCAUAAAAGUAUGAUAAAUAAAAUGAGCUAUAUACCAAAUAUCCCUCAAUAUAAAGCAGUAAAUAACUUUAAUCCUAUACACAUCUUCACUUUUAACUCAAUUACACAUGAUUAUAAAUCGCAACAUGGUCAUAAUGAAACAAAAGUAUAUAAUUCAUUUAACCCAGAUGAUACUUCUUCCAAUAAUAGUCUACAUAAAGAUGUUAAAACUAUAAAUUUUGAGAGCAGUCGAUUAAAUAGUAAUUCCGAUGAUAAUUUAAAUAGAGAAAAAAUUUCAAAAGCCGUAAAUAAAAUUUCCAUCCGUUCUAAAAUGGCCAGAAAUUCUCCAAUUCUUGAAUGGAGCUUUAGAGAUAAAGAUAAAAUGGGUGAUAAUGUUUCAGAAUAUGAAAAACUCAUGUCAGAAAUAGAAAAACUUUCAAAAUCCAAAGAAAAAUCAGAUAAAGAUUUGUACUCGUUUAUUCAAAAAAAUUUCAAGGAAUCGAUAUACGACCCAGAACUGAAUCUGACAUCACAUGAAGUUAGAAAAUCACUUAAAACACAAUUCUUUAAUAGAGAUUUGCAAAAUAAAGAGUGGAUAAAAUAUAUGAAAAAAUUGAGAAUGAAACAGACGAAAAAACUUGAAUAUAGCGGGAAAAUACCUAACAUUCGAGACCCAGUUGAAGUCAACUUGGAAACUAAAGCGAAAGAAGAUUCAUGUGGAUUCAAAUAUCCAAUUGAAGGAUCACCAGAAGAGAUAAUAAGUGACCCAAAUGUAUAUAGAUUUUGGGGAAAAACACCUUUAUCCCAAGUACAAACAACUCACACGAUUGGACAUUGCACGGGGAAAUUGGAAAAAAAAGAUUUGAAACGAGAGGAUAUAAUUACAUCAAAGUCACCAAUGCAUGAAAAAAAGUUAAUCAAAUUAUUGAAAUCAAUUAGAGAAACUAAUUUUAAGUCUAAAAUGGAUGAUAUAAUAAUGAAGAUAAGUCCUGAUGCUAAGUCCAAGAAAAAAUCUAAAUUACCUUCAUUAAAUCAGAAUGAUCAAAAAGAAACAGUAUCUCAUCAUGAUUACAGAUAUAAGAACAUUGAAUUUGGAAAUUAUUACGAGGAAUUCAAAAAUGACUUUUUAAGUGCAGAUAAAUAUAACCAGGAACGAAUUUUGAACCUUUUAAGUCCAUAUAACCCAUGGGAAGAAUAUAUCAAGCUGAGGAACCUUAGGUCGACUCUACCUCCAAUUGGAAUCAAUUAUAAAGUUAACCUGAAAAACAUAAAAGUGUCAUUCAAAACCAAUGAAUCAUUGUCAGAAAAUACAAUAAACGAGUUUUUAAAAGAAUAUUUACACUAUUUCUUAAUACUGAAGACAGAUGAAGUUCUUUUCGAGGAAUUCAAAAAUGCCAAGUUCUUGCACGAUAUACUCAAGUAUUUCGAUAUAUCUUACCCAAUAAAGGUUAAAGAAAUCAAGGAACUUCCAGAUUUGGAGGAUCAUUUUUUCAAAAUUUACUUUCCAGACCUGUGCCCAGAUGGAUUCCCCAAACCUCCUCCUGAACCAGAAUUUCAACUUACAAUGGGAAACCAAGAAGAUUUGAUGGCUCUUAAUGAUAAAUUAACGGGGAAAACAAAUAGUUAUCAUAGAGUAAACAUGGUGUGUUGUUUAAUGGCACUGGCUAAAUGUUAUCCAUUGGUCCGCCGAUAUACUAGCGAUAUAUUUACAGACCAAAGAAUUAAAACCAUUCUGGACACUUUGGAAAAAGGUUUAACACUGGAAAUGCAAAGACUGGAAUAUGGAAUAUCUGAUAUUGAGGUAAAUAAUAUGGAAAAAAAGACAUUAUGUGAGAUAGAUGGCACAUAUUUGUCAGCACUAACAGACGUCUUAGUCCAAUGGAACAUAACAAGCCGUGUGGAAAAUAUUCUGGAUUUGACUCUACUGAUAACACUAAAAAGACUAAAUGAUAUACAGGGAAAGCAUCUAGUAAACAUAGUAAAGAACAUUUCUUACCUAACAACUCUACCGGAAAGUGUAUUUUCAGCAUUUCUGUCUAAAAUAUUUGAUUUCGUACAUGAAAAGCUGAAGUUUAGUUUGGUUAACAAAGUCGAGUGGAUGGAGUUACAAGAUGCACUUAAAUUUUUGUCAUUAAUGAGUAAUUUCAAAAGCUUAGUCACACCACAGUUCAUGAAGACAUUUGUUCAGUUAUACAAGGACUCAAUAGUUGAUUUCGGGAAGGAUUUUAGAAAAUCAUACCAAGCUUUAAAUUUUAAAGAUAAAAAAAUGGAAGAUCCAGAAAUUUUCUCAAUGGAAACGAGAAAGUCACAAAUAUUUCCAUUGGUAAGCUGUUUGCAACAUUCAGGCCUGACAGAGUAUAUGUAUCUGGUUGAUGAAACUACCAAGGUAUUGACGAGUGAAGACUUUGAAUUAAACCCAACAGCAUCAAUUUCAGUACUGGAAACAUUUAGUGAGUCAGAUGAAUUCCAAAGUAGAGUCAUAGCCAGAACUAAAAAUAGUUUGAUGAGGAACAAGUAUAAUAUGGGACCUGAUAGAAUAUUGAAAGUGUUGAAAGCAUUUACUGAAGGAGUCAAGAGUGAAAGAUUGAUACCUGAUUCCCUGUUCUUUUGCACCAUGAUAAAGUAUUUCUGCCUAUUGAAAAAUCCAGACUCUGAAUAUCUAAUUGAUGCAUGCAUAGUGACUGAUGAGUUUUCACCUUACCUAAGUCGUAUUCAGCUCCAUAGGAUUUUUGAUGAUCUGACUAAAACACCUUUAUAUUUCAAUUUCUUAACAAGACUGGGUCUUCAGGGAGAAUUCCUGGAAUAUCCAAUAGCUACAGUGGCAAAAGUGUUAUAUUACUCAUCAAAAAAUAAAGUCAUAGUCCAAAAGAAUUGGGAAACCUUUUACAGGAUGAUAACCAUUUUUAAGCAUAUUUUGUCAAUGAAAGAUAUUAUGUUAAUAUUGGACGCCUUAAUAAUUACACAUUUUACAAAGGCCGACGAGCUUCUUGAAAUUUUGUGUAAAAGGGUAUGUAAUCUUAUAGAAGUGACUGAUGUCGAACCAAAGCGAGUUUUUGAGGUAAUGAAGAAAUGCAUGGAACUGGAUUACCCUCCAGUGACGUUGUUGAGAUUUUACGCAUACUGGAAUAUGUACCACGUCCAAGGAGCAGAUCACGUGGAAAUUUUGUUGGAUGGGCCAAAACAAUAUGACGUGGAUUUCAGGGGCUGGAAGAGACCAGCUUCACUUGAGAAGAAUAGAGAGUGUAUAAACCUUCAUCAUAACAUGUAUUAUGAAGUGAAGAUGGACGGCUCAAGAGCACAUGUUCCUCACAGCCUUAGGUACUCAAUGCAAAGGCCUCUCAAAAAGCCAAGAAAAUUCGAAAAUAUUGAGAAAAAACAAGUGGACAAGGAUAUUUUGAAAACACUCAUGAGCAUGACCAGAAGAGUUGAGGAAAUGGAACAUAAAUUCUCAGAAACUGAUCAAAGGUUAAUAGAUACUAUGGAAAGAGUAACAAGUGGUAAAAAUGUAUUAAACCUUAAUUUUUAA